UACACAACCAAACUACUGAAAAUGCAUCAGCAACAGACUCACAAAUAUAAUAGAUAAACGGCUGUGCUGCUUCAGAUUCAACAAGCCACCAUAUCAAAAUACAGAUGAGCGAAACCUACUUAUGAACCAGCCACAAAGCUAAAACACAGGGCCAUUGCAUGCGACAACAAAAAUGAAACCUAAAACCUAUCUAUAUUCAUGAAGAGCGCGAGAGAUAACCUUAUAGCCAGAACGGACAAAAACGAGAGGAUGGAAGAGAUCGGGUGCUGCCGGAUCUCCAUCAGCCUUGAUUUUGAUGUUUCGACAUCAUCGACGUCGUCUUCGAUGCUGCCGGAUGAUAAAUCCACCGCCGUCGGUGCUAAAUCUGGAAAGGGUUUGUGGUGUUUGAUCAGGGUUUUGGUCGGCGCCUGUCGUUGAAGUUCUGCCAAUCGGAAUCGGCAGCGGCAGUGGUGGAGGUGGCGGGGCGCAGCCGAUGAAGAAGAGCAGGGAAGCAAGUCUCAUUUUCUAAAAUAAAAGAAAUUAGGUUUUUUAUUUUUUAUUUUUGAAUGAAUGUAAUAAUGAGGUGGAAAAUAUAAAUUUUUAUUUUUUUAUUUUUAAUAAUUUUUUAGUUGCCACGUCACUAAGUUAACGGUCAACUUUUAUAGUUGACUGCCACAUCAGCAAAAGUUAACGGAGUUGGACGGAGAGUGACCAACCAUGAACGGUUUCAGUAAACUGAAGUACCACCAAUGGAUUUAAAUAUUUCGAGUGACCAAACUUGAACGUUUUUUGUAAUCUCAGUGACCAACCAUGCAAUUAACCCUAUAAGUUUAGGUUGUACCAUAAAGCAAUUUGUAUCAUUAUGUUAUGGUACAACUUUACAACUUGAAGUUGUAUCAUCACAUAAAAUUACAAGUUCAAGUUGUACCAUAAAAGAAUUUGUACAAAAAGUAUAGGUACAAUAUGAAGUUGUACCAUAACGUAAAUGUAUAAUUUUAAAUUGUACCAUAAAAGCAAAACCCUAUAGCACCGAUACUAUAUAGCAUUGUAAAAUUUCUCAUCUGUUCUAAUCAUAGUUGUCAAACGGCAGUGGCCGAUGCAGGGUGGCCACCCCAGGCUACGACGACCCAGCCUUUCUCUGGGUUCGGAGCUAGUAUAGCCCUUAUGAGUUUAUCGAUUUUAGUCAUUCGGUCAAGUGUUAUUUUAUAAUAAGAUUGUGUGUAAUUGAGAAAAUGGGUUAGAUAAACAUAUUCAAAUAACAACUCUAAAUUUAUCCUAAAAAUUCUAGCUCCAAUGAUUCUCUUCUAAAGAAAAACAAACAAUGUAACCUAAAAGUCUAAAACGUUUUGCUUCAUGGAUUUGGAAAAUGAAGGUUUUGGUAAAACUUGGGUUUUGUAAAACAAUGGAUAUAUGAAGGUUUUGGGUUCAUUAUGGACUUGUAAAAUACCAUUGUUUGUUUCAUUGAUUUCAUGAUGGAUUUGGUUAAUUAGAUUUGUGUGCAAGAAGUGAAAAUGACCUACAUUACCCUCAUUGGUAUGAGAUGAGAAAGAUAAAAUGAAGGGUAGUUUGGUCAUAAAUAAUGAACUUUAAAGUCCAUGAUCAAGUCUCACCUUAAGAGAUGGAAUUUUCAAGUCCGUGGGACCCUUACACUUUGUUUUUUUAGGGGGGAAAGCUGAGGAAAGGAAAAUAGUGGAGGGAAAGUUAGAUUAUCGAUGCACUUUCCCCUGUUCUAGAAGGGAGGAAAAGAAACAGGAGGGAAAACUGCAAAAGAAAAUGUACUGUAGAACUAGUGACUCCAAUUUGGAAGGAAAAGGACGGAAAACACCAAAGCCCUUUAAUUGUGUUAACAUUUUGAUUUUUUAUAAUAAAUUUACUGAGGCGGAAGGAGUAAGAAAGUCUCACUUUACUGGGUUUGAUUUUAUUUAUUAUAAUUUAUGUUUUAUUCCAAAUUGUCUCUGGUGGGUUGAACUAAUUUUUGUCACGUAUUAGAAGUUGAACCAGAAACAUCCAUGAUAGGAUAUUUUAUGUUGAAAAUAUGGUUUAAUUGUAAUUUAAAUAUUUUAUAUCAUUAAAUAUUGCUUAUCGAUUAAGUCACUUGUAAGAGAUUCUUCUGGUUAUAAGUAAUAGAUGUCAAUCUUGUACAUGAGAGGUAAUCCAAUUUUUAUGAGAAAAUUUUUAAAUAAGAUUAAAAUUAAUGG